AUGUCUAUCGAGCUCGACAAGAUCUUCGCCGCCUCCCCGGCGACAACCCGCGGCCAGCCAACCCAGCUCUCGGCCGAUCCAAAGGGGGAGCAAAUAGCUUUCGCUUCCGGCAAAUCAAUCUUCCUCCGCUCCCUCACCAACCCCUCCUCCUCCAAGCAAUACACCUCCCACACCACCACCACCACCGUAGCCAAGUUCUCCCCCUCGGGCUUCUACGUCGCCUCGGGCGACAUCUCGGGCAAGAUCCGCGUCUGGGACUCGGUCGAGGCAGUCAACACAAAAGGCGAAUACCCAAUCAUCUCGGGCCGCAUCACCGACAUCGCCUGGGACGGGGACUCGCAGCGCGUCAUCGCCGUCGGUGACGGCCGCGAGAGGUUCGGCCACUGCAUCACUGCCGACAGCGGCAACUCGGUCGGCGAGGUGUCCGGGCACAGCAAGGUCAUCAACGCGGUGGCGAUCCGGCAGCAGCGCCCGCUUCGCGCGGCGACGGUGUCGGACGAUGGAAGCAUGUGCUUCCUGCAUGGCGCCCCGUUCAAGUUCAACAGCAAGGCGACGGGGCUGCACAAGGGGUUUGUUCAGGGGACCGAGUUCAGCCCUGAUGGGUCGUGGUUGGUGACGGUGGGGAGUGAUAAGAGGAUUCAGAUUUAUGACGGCAAGACUGGGGAGCCGCUUAAGGUGGUUGGGGAGGGGGUUCAUACGGGGAGUAUCUUGGGUGUGAGCUGGAAUAAGGACUCGAAGAGGUUUGUGACGGCGAGCGCGGAUAAGACGGUUAGGGUGUGGGAUGUGCAGUCGGGGGAGAAUGUUGCGACGUGGAAGAUUGGUGAGGAAGGGAGCUCCAACCCUCAAGAUCAGCAGGUUGGUGUUGUUUGGACUCGUGGGCCGCAGGAACUUAUCGUCACUUUGAGCUUGAGCGGUGAUUUGAACUAUUUCACCGUUGGCUCUUCUACCCCACAAGCAGUAAUUGAAGGCCACAACAAGAGCGUCACCGCGCUUUCGGUCACCUCAAACAGCAACGGAACCAAGGUCACAACCGGCAGCUUCGACGGCAAGGUGGUCGCCUGGGACAUUGGGACUGGCGUCGGGAAGGCCCCAGAAGGCGAGGCGCAUUCCAACCAAGUCGUUCAGUUCGCCUCGGCCGGUGGCAGGGUCUACAGCGUCGGAUGGGACGACACCCUCCGCAUCAUCGACGAGGCUACAAACCUGUUCCUCGCCUCCCCAGUGAAGCUCAGCUCGCAACCGAAGGGCAUCUCGGCGUCUUCGGACGGCACGAUCGCGGUCGCUCUCAACUCCAGCAUCGCCAUCUACGACAGCGACGGCAAACUUCUCGGCGAAACACCCGUAAGCUACACCCCCACCACCAUCGCCAUCAGCGGCUCUUAUGUCGCCGUCGGCGCAGACAACAACACGGUCCAGGUAUACAACCUCGGCAGCGGAGGCAACCUCUCCCCGACCGAGAAACUGACCAACUCCACCGCCGCCAUCUCAACACUGUCAUUCUCCCCGGAGGGAAAGCACCUCGCGGCGGGUAACUCGUCUGGCAAGAUUGUCGUGUACACCACCGGCUCGUGGGAGGUGGCCACCGACAGGUGGUCCUCCCACACGGCGAGGGUGCUGAGCAUUGCGUGGAACAAGGCGGGGACGCACGCCGUGUCGGGGGGGUUGGACACGAAUGUUUUUGUCUGGAGUUUGGCGAAGCCGGGGAGCAGAGUCAAGGCUGCGAAUGCGCACAAGGAUGGGGUGUAUGGGGUUGCGUUUGUGGAGGGGGAUGAAAAGGUUGUGAGCUCGGGUGGCGAUGCUGCUGUUAAGGUGUGGAAUGUGAAGAAUUUGCAGUAA